UGACGUGUGACGUCACAAGCAGCGAGGAGCCGCGCGGCGCAGGCGUGAAGGCAGCAGGCCGAAGCUAACGUGGCGGGCCCGGUGUGCCAUGUUUCGUUGAAAGGUCUCCGUUUGUAGACGGCCGGCGCCCCGUGCCCGUGUUAAUUACAUCCCCGCUCUGUCCUCCUCCGAUUCCCAUGUCUUCCAUCGAGCGGGACUGGUUCCCGACGCACCUGCGAGUGACGGUUAUCGGCGCGAGGAAUCUGAAGGCAAAGGGCAGGAGAGGCCUGAACAACUGCUACACGGUGAUCCGCCUGGGCCCGGAGAAGUACAUGACCUCGGUGCAGGGAGACACGCUGAACCCCGAGUGGAAGGAGGAGUGCACCUUACAGCUGCCCCUCGUCCUUGACAACUCCGACAGGUGGACGCUACACCUGACCGUCAAACACAACAACCCGCGGCUACCUGUGGAUAGCUUUCUGGGUCACAUCAGCGUGCCCAUCGCUGAGCUUUACCAGAACAAGAGCAGGAGGAAGAACGAAUGGUAUGAUCUUCAGUCAAAGCCAAACAAAGUGGCAAAAGAUAGAGGCCAGCUCCAGCUUGCUUUUCAGUUCCUACGUGACAACAUGACAGCAAGUGCAUAUGAGCUGUCCACAGCUAGACCUCAGUCUGUGUUCAAUAAGUUUAAGGAUAAAGUUGCUUCCUUAAAGUAUGGAAUGUCUCAUGAGAUUUUACCAAAUGAAGGGCCCAGCACUAGCUUGAAACAUCACAGAAAUGGGAGAAUGUCGAAAUCACAUAGUUACGUUGCUCACAUGGACUCCAGAGAUGAAAUAAAUGCAACAUUUAAUUCAGCAGAAGCAAACAAUCAAACUGAGCCUGAGGUUCAUCCUUAUCCUUUUCACAGUUUCCAUAAAAACUCUGGAGAUGAUGUGCACACUAAGGUGAAGUUGAGGAAAGAAAACUCCUCCUUUGUAGAAGAUAAAUCUGAGCCAUCUGCUACGAACCUGGAAACUAAAGACACUGACCAUAACAAAACAUUAGAAACUGCUGUUGCACCAGAGCUACCCAAAAUAGAAACAAACCCAGGCAAUAUUUUAACAUCUUAUAACCAUCCAGUAGAAUUCUUAAAACCCUCUAGGUUUGAUGAUAAGUUGAUCUUAACAUCUUUCAUGCUAGCUGGUGAAGGUCAGGAUAGUGCAAUUGAGAGAUUGAGAAUAAAGCCACCAACCUGUUGUGCCCAGUGCUUUCGGAAUGCUGAGUUAAGAAGCAGGUAAUAGCUUUAAAUUGUCCAUAUGCACUCAAAACACCACAGUCUGUUGAAAUUACCAAAAAAAGGGUAAUAAAUCAUGGCAGAUUGUGACAGAACACCCAGAUGAUCCUGUCUUUACAUGUGUUAAAUAAAGUGAAACCAUGCACCA